AUGGUCUUCUGCGGGACGACUACUCGACCCCCGUAACUGGCCUUCCGGUAUAUAGUGUCAUCCCUGGCCAAAAGUGGCCAGGGGAGAUAAUCUUACAUCAAUAGAAAUAGAAGGGAUCGAUCUUCUUUGGAACAUACCGAGACAAUUGGCAGACAGAUACCUGCCAUUGCGUUGACAAAACUGGCGUAACCACGAACAUCCGGUGCACUGUUCGCAGUGUAGGUGCAGCGUUGCAGAAGAAGGGAUACCGUUGUUCAGGUCAAGAUGUCUUCAUCGGGGUCUUUGCAUUCCCAGACACACAAGAUGGAUAGCCGUUACAGCACGCCAGUGCCUGAGUUGGAUGAUCACCGAGGCAGUCGGGGUAUGGCUGCAGUGCAGAAUAGUCUGGCUUUGCCCGCUGUGGAGUUACAGGUGCCUACUCCCAAAUCGACCGAAAUGAACGAACAAGACCUCUCCAAAGUCAAUUCGGCUUUGCUCAACAGCCUGAACCCGGAGCAGAUUUCUGUCGCUCGCGACUUCGAGCAUGCCAUUAUCGACGAUGACAAAAGCGAUGCAGGAGGUGAAGCACACCCAGGACUGGGCAGACACAAUUCGACCCGAGUACGACGCAUGACCAAUCGAGAAGGCCGUCCACGCAUCACCGGCAUCCCUCGACAUGAUCAUUCGCGUGAUACCUCGUCUUCUCGGUCGACCUCGCCUGCCAACUCUGUCGAAGCUUUUGCCGAACCACGUCGACGACAGCGUGCCAAUACUGCAGAGAGUGUCAAUUCCUCUGUCAUCGAGGAUUUUCGUUUCCGCAAUCGCGUUGGCUCAAAUGGUACGAAUACCAGGCGGCCAACUCUGAGCAAUGUCAGCAUACCAGCGCCGCUUACCCAGCGGACCGAUCGAGACUUCAAUGACGAUAUCACUUUUCCUACGGAUGAUGAACCUGGCAAGACGUACAAAAUCGAUUUUGAAGAACUGGAAGAGUUUGUGGCUCUGAGCGCUCAAGGGAAGAUCUCUGGGGAUUUGAUACCCCAUCAUGUGAAGGAGACCAAUGAGUUCUGCGACCUCCGGAGGCUUGAGGACAGGAAUGAACUACCUAACCCCGUUCUCAAUGGUGACCAGUUCUAUGAGAAGCCCUUGGCCCUUCAAUACACGAACAAGACUUUACAAUCGUCUUCUUCCGAGAAGCUGCACCUGAAAGGAAACGGUGGACCCGAGGAGCGAUUCUUCCUGUUUACUUCCGAACUGAGUCAAGGCAAGAGUGCAACCAAGUUGGGCGAUUUCGUGGAUGACGGCACCACAUUCAGGGAUCUUUUCGAAGUCGGCCCAGACGGCGGUGUAUGGUGGUUGGAUGUUCUCAACCCGACCAAGGCAGAACUCGAGGUCCUCGCAAAAGCUUUCAAGAUCCAUCGCCUGACUCGUGAAGAUAUCGAAACACAAGAAGCCCGUGAAAAGGUCGAGCUUUUCAGCCAGUACUAUUUCGUCUGCUUCAGAUCAUUCAACAUGGACAGGACCCACGAGGAUUUCUUGGACCCCAUCCACGUCUACAUUGUUGUCUGCCAAGACGGUGUCCUGAGCUUCAGCUUCCAGGAAAACCCUCAUGCGCGCAAUGUCCGCAAGCGUAUCUCGAAGUUGGGCGACUUUUUGAGUCUCGGACCAGAUUACAUCUGUUACGCCAUGAUUGACGACAUUGUCGACUCCUUUGCGCCGAUUAUCCGUGACGCCGAGCAGGAAUCCGAGAAUAUUGAGGACCAAGUGUUCAUUGCGCGCGAGGACGACUUUCUGGCUCUGCUGCGGCAAAUCGGCGAGUGUCGCAAGCGCGUACUCAAUAUGAUGCGGCUGCUUGGCGGCAAGGCGGACGUCAUCAAGGGUUUUGCGAAGAGGUGCAACGAGCAGUACGAGAUCACACCGCGUGGCGAUAUAGGCUUGUAUCUGGGCGAUAUCCAGGACCACGUCGUCACCAUGAUGUCGAACUUGGGGCAUGUGGAGAAGAUGCUCUCGCGGUCGCACGCCAAUUAUCUCGCGCAAUUGAACGUCGACAACAUCCUGAAGGGCAAUUCGACCAACAAGGCUCUUGCUAAGAUUACUGUCGUUGCUACGAUUCUUGUCCCGCUGAAUCUGGUGACUGGUCUUUUCGGCAUGAAUGUCAACGUGCCAGGCAAGAACACUGACGGGCUUUACUGGUUCUUUGGCAUUAUUGGCGCCAUCUUCUUGUUUGUGACCUGUUGCCUGAUCGCGGCAAGAAGAUUGAGAGCCAUUUAAAUGGAGACGAAACUGUAUGGUUGUUGUUUGUUCAUGUGAUUAUUUUUGUUUGGCCUUUUCUCAAGUUACUGUUGAUUUAGUUGUUUUUGGCUAUAUCUCGUUGCAGUCAUGUCUCCUCACGACGGGUUAUGGUGUUUUCAUUUGUACUAUGUGAAGACGAGAUCUCUUUACGCACUGGUGUUACUUGGAGAGUCGCAUGGUCAAAGAAUAAGUGCAUUGAUAUUCUGACAUUUACAUCACGUCGAGAAGAAGACUGGAAUAGAAGUCC